AAGGCAUCAAACAUGCGAGCGCCCACCACACAGACACAUAUGUGUGUCAUCAUCGCAUCGCUCAUCGUGAAGGAAUCUGCUUGAUUUCAUUUGGAAAGAUUCCGAUAUCUCUCUCUCUCUCUCACGACACGUACAGUACACUGUUUGCUUUGGUGAGCAUCAACAUCGAUCGACGAACGAGAGAAGAUGGAGAGCGACUCCGAGAUGGUUGCGUUGCCUCUGUUACCGACUCCGAUAGAAUCAAACUACAGAGCUUGCACCAUUCCUUAUCGAUUCCCUUCUGAUAAUCCCAGAAAAGCUACUCCCACUGAGAUCUCUUGGAUCGAUCUCUUCUCCAAUUCCAUCCCUUCUUUCAAGGAACGAGCAGAGAGCGAUACAACCGUUCCAGAUGCUUCAGUUCGUGCUGAAAAAUUUGCCAAGAGGUAUGCGGAGAUUCUUGAGGACUUGAAGAAGGAUCCGGAUAGCCAUGGUGGACCACCAGAUUGCAUUCUUCUCUGCAGAAUCCGUGAGGUAAUGCUAAGAGAAUUAGGAUUUAGGGACAUCUUCAAGAAAGUUAAGGAUGAGGAGAAUGCUAAGGCUAUAACUUUAUUUCCUGAAGUUGUCCGUCUGAGUGAUGCUAUUGAAGAUGAAGGGAAACGCAUAGAGAAUCUGGUAAGAGGGAUAUUUGCUGGAAACAUCUUUGAUCUGGGUUCUGCACAGCUAGCUGAGGUUUUCUCUAAGGACGGAAUGUCAUUUUUGGCUAGUUGUCAAAACUUAGUUCCACGACCAUGGGUUAUUGAUGAUUUGGAUAACUUUCAAGCUAGAUGGAUGAAGAAGCCUUGGAAGAAGGCAGUUAUAUUUGUCGAUAAUUCUGGUGCAGACAUAAUUUUGGGUAUCUUGCCGUUUGCUAGAGAAAUGCUACGUCGAGGAAUGCAGGUUGUGCUGGCUGCUAAUGAACUUCCAUCUAUCAACGAUGUAACUUAUAUCGAGCUUGCAGAGAUUUUGUCUAAGCUGAAGGAUGAAAAUGGACAAUUGAUGGGUGUUGAUACUUCAAAUCUUCUUAUUGCAAAUUCAGGGAAUGACUUACCGGUUAUUGAUCUUGCUAGAGUAUCACAGGAGGUUGCAUACCUUUCAACCGAUGCAGACUUGGUCAUCUUAGAAGGCAUGGGCCGUGGGAUAGAGACAAACCUUUAUGCUCAGUUCAAGUGUGAUUCCCUCAAAAUUGGAAUGGUGAAGCAUCCAGAAGUAGCACAAUUUCUUGGAGGACGUCUUUACGACUGUGUGAUCAAAUACAAUGAAGUCCAGAGUUAAUUAUAUAUUUCAAAACCUCAUUUUUACUGAACUCCUCCAAUAAUUUUAUCAUGUCAUAUAAAACAGCUCUUAGGCUUUGUAACUUAGAGAUCCAAAUCCUACUCUCUGUCGACAUUCAGAUCUAAGAAUUUAUGACUUUUUGAAAUU